AGUCUCCCGCCUCCUCCCCACCACCCUCCUUCUGGUCGUCUUCAUCCUCCUCUCGCUGCCACAACCUCGGCGGCGCUGAGGAGCUGAGAGUCAGCGAGCCGGCCGGGGCUGCGCGAUGGGGAGUUAGCAAGCGCCACGGCGGCGGCAGUGGCCGCAGAGCACCCGGCCGCCGCCCCCGGGCUGGUCCCGCCGGGGGCGCUGGGGGCGUCGGGCGCGGCCAGCCCGACCGGGAGCCAGGCCCGCGGGCGGCGGUCGCACUGGAGCUGGGCAGGUGGAUGCUGCUGGAAGAUGGCGCCCUCGGGCCCCGGCAGCGUCAGGAGACGGUGCCGGCGGGUGCUGUACUGGAUCCCGGUGGUGUUCAUCAGCCUGCUGCUGGGCUGGUCCUACUACGCCUACGCGAUCCAGCUGUGCAUAGUGUCCAUGGAAAACAUUGGAGAACAAGUUAUGUGCCUGAUUGCUUAUCAUCUACUUUUUGCAAUGUUUAUCUGGUCGUAUUGGAAAACUAUCUUUACAUUACCAAUGAAUCCUUCAAAAGAAUUCCAUCUCUCUUAUGCAGAGAAAGAAUUACUGGAGAGAGAGCCAAGAGGAGAAGCUCAUCAGGAAGUUCUUAGGAGAGCAGCCAAAGAUCUUCCCAUCUAUACGAGGACCAUGUCAGGAGCAAUCCGAUAUUGUGACAGAUGCCAACUUAUAAAACCAGAUCGCUGCCACCACUGUUCUGUCUGUGAUAAAUGUAUUUUAAAGAUGGAUCAUCAUUGUCCAUGGGUGAACAAUUGUGUUGGAUUUUCAAACUAUAAGUUUUUCCUCCUUUUCCUGGCAUAUUCUCUGCUGUAUUGUCUUUUUAUUGCUGCCACAGAUUUGCAGUAUUUUAUCAAAUUUUGGACAAAUGGGCUACCAGAUACUCAAGCCAAGUUCCAUAUUAUGUUUUUAUUCUUUGCUGCAGCUAUGUUUUCUGUCAGCUUGUCUUCUCUGUUUGGCUAUCAUUGUUGGCUAGUCAGCAAAAAUAAAUCUACAUUAGAGGCAUUUAGAAGUCCAGUAUUUCGACAAGGAACAGACAAGAAUGGAUUCAGCUUGGGUUUUAGUAAAAAUAUGCGACAAGUUUUUGGUGAUGAGAAAAAAUACUGGUUGCUACCCAUUUUCUCAAGUCUAGGUGAUGGCUGCUCCUUUCCAACUUGCCUUGUUAAUCAGGAUCCCGAACAACCACCGACUCCUGCGGGAUUGAAUUCAACAGCUAAAAAUCCUGAAAGCCACCAGUUUCCUGCAAAGCCAUUGAGAGAGUCCCAGAGCCAUCUUCUUACUGAGUCUCACUCUUGGACAGACAGCAGCACAAACCCAGGAAAAGGCAAAGCUGGCAUGAGCAAUCCUGCAUUGACCAUGGAGAAUGAGACCUAACUCUUCAAUCAAAAUUCUUACUUUAUGAAAGUAUAAAUGCUGUAAAUGAAUGGAAGAAGUUUCUCACAAGAAGGCACUAUUGGCUGCUUGUUCCUGUUUUACUUGAGCUGAUCAUACAGAAUAGGACUAGUUAUCUUUAGGUCAUUGCUUAAGACAACACAAUUUUUAUUCAGUAUUUAGAUAAUCUCAACUAAUACUAAUUUCUGUAAAAUAUUGAAAUCAUGGAUUAUGAAUUAAUGGUGAAAAUAUCUUGAUAUAGACUUGAUAACCCAAUAAUUUGGGUAGCAGUUUAUCAGAUAAAAAGACCAUUAGUUAUAUGAUUUUCAAAUCUUGAAAAUUGGAACUAUUAAAAUUUCGGGAUUUAAAAGAUACAGACUGUAUUAUAAUGAUAAGCUUUGUUUGUAAAACCUUUUUUGUAAACCUGUGUGAAGGUGGAAGUAGCAAAUAUGGCUUCUUCUUUUAUUUCCUCUGAUGUGAAUCCAGCCUCAGACUGAGUGAUCAGUAUCAACUGUGCAUCCAUUAUGAAGUCCAGAUGGCUUACAGUUGAAGAUCACUAUCCAGAUUCUGUAGGCUUAAAUUUCUUUCUAAGUCUUUGUUGCCUGAUGAAAAGAAGUUUGGUCACUGAAAUUUGAGCUUAGCGAUAAGCACUGUCUAGACAAUUUUUAUCAGAACUAAUCCAUGACAUCAGAAAUGUACUUUUCAUCUCUUUAAUUGUAAAUUGAGGAAAAUCUAUAAUAAUUUUGAAGAUUGGCUUACAGUAUUCUUUUGCUAUUGUGGCUUUUUAAAAAGCUCCUUGUUAGGUUUUCUUUGCCUGUUGAAACAAAAAUACUGAAUUGAGAUUUAGGAUUCCUGAUGAGUCAACAGAUUAAUUUUCUAUUGAUAUUGACACCAUUUGAGUUUCUUCUCAUUAAAGUAUAAUAGUUAAAUUGAAUAGAGUCUCCAAUAUCUAUUCAAGUAAAUUAUACAAAUCAUCAAAGAAAUCAUGUAUUUUUUGAAAUUCAGUUCAACAUGAACUAAAUGGUAUUCUAUUUGGAAAUUAAAACCUCAGAUAAACUUUUGAUGCCAAAAUGUUUGGCUUCAGUAAAUAUAUUUAAUACCAUGGAGCUAUUGUGCCUUGAAUGCACUAUUUAAAAAGCAAAGCUUUAUUUUAUUAUUUUAUUUGAAAUGGAGAGUAAGUUUUGUAAAUGUUAUUAGAAUAACUUUUUUGUUGUUGUUACUGAUUUUGAGGAUAUAAAGCAGAUUACCUUUUAAAGCUAUAUAGCUAUGGAACUUGUAUUUAAUCAAUGAGAAGACUGUAUUAAAUGUUUCAAAAUUUAAGUUAAGCAAAAAUUCAACACAGUAGACUGUAAGAUGAGAAGAUAGUGGAGUAAAAGACCCUUUCAAUUAGCACUUUUCAUUAAAACUAUAGAAAUUUAUAUUAAAUGAACUUGCAGCAAAAAAUAAGUCUUAUCCCAACCCAUUUUAUAAAUCAUUUGAAUUCAAUUUUUUGAAAAGCAUGACUGUCUUUUUCAUAUUUUUUUAAAAACUAAAGAUUUUGAUUUGACAAUCUAGUUCAAGAAAUCUGAUACAUUUUUAUUUUGAUCUUAACUUACAGCAUAUUUUGGUCAUCAUUUUACAUACCGAAAGUGCCAGGUUGGAACCUAUAGCUACUGUCAGUUGUCUUAAGGCCAACAGCAUCACUUAAUGUAUUAAGAAUCAUAUGCAGCCAGGAUUUUUUCAAAGCACAGCAUUAUAGCUGUUUUUAUAGACAGGAUUCUAUUAGAUGUUCCCUCUGAAACCAGAAACUAAGAAACAAAGUGUGGGGGUGGGGAUUUUUUUAACUUGCUAGAAUACUAUUAAUUUCCCCUUAAGGAUUUUUAUCAAUUGCUGUAAUAUAUAAAUAAACACAUAUUAGAAUCAGAUUUGAAAACAUUUUCAAAAAUAAAAUUUUUCAUUAAGUGACAAUGGAUGGCUCUUUUUCUUUGUUUCCAUACUGUGAAUAAUGUUUAGAGUUUUUGUUUCACUGUUUUGAGUUCUAGUUUUUAGAAGUGAUUAUCUCUUAAGAUACGCAGUAUAAGUGCUACUGAAUGAAUUAAGCAUCAAGUAGGCUGUAUUUUGUGUAUAUUUAUAAAAUGUACCUUAAAAACAUUUUGCUGUAAUGAAUUCCAUUGCUGAACUCAAACUCAGAGACACAUCUACACUUCUACUGUCCAAAGUGUAUUAAGUUGAUAAAUUUUAUUAUUGAUUUUAGAGAUUCUACCACUAGGUAUCAUAUUUCAAAAACUUUUUUUUUUCAUUUAAAAUGUUGUACAGAAGCAUCAUGGACAUUAUCUGCCAUUGUGCAGUGAAAGAGUUUUGAUUUUUUUCAAAAUUAAGUUGAGACUGAAUAUAAACAAGAGACAUUUUGGCAAGUGCUUAUUCACAAAUUCUCUUCUGUACCAUAAUAAAGUCUGAUUGACCACCUUCAGUGAA